AUGAGGAAGGCCCGCGGUGCUAUGCCGUGUGCUGACGAUCGAAUAUACGUCGACGCGACGUUCCCUGAUUGGAGUCCAGACAUAAGGCACAUUGGGAGCGGCAGUGCCGACCGGUAUGUGUACAUUUGGGACGCCGACACCGGUGCCCUCCGGUACCAUCUCCCGGGGCAUGCGGGAAGUGUGAACGAAGUCGCGUUCCAUCCAAACCCGGCCGAGCCGAUCGUAGGGUCGUGCGGCAGCGACAAGAACAUUUACUUUGGAGAACUGCUUGAAUAA